AUAAUAAUAGUAAAUAGAAAUAAUUGUGAGACAGACAUGAAUUCUUCUCACAAUGACUCGUUCCAUGGCCAUCAUCCCUACCGAACGCCAGCAACCAAAUCACCUUCCCAUGGACUUCCCUCCUUAUUUUUCUCUCUUCUUACAGUCCACCCAAAAUAUCUUCUUCUUUCAAUUCUCAUUAUAUUAUCUUCUUCUUCUUCUUUUCCAAUUCUCUCUUGUUCGUCUUCACCAGAAAUCUCCAGGCCGGAAUCCUCAUUUCUCCGGCCGCCGACCCUUUUCUUUUCCAUGUCGAAUUCAGCCAGCCCUCCUCAGCCCCAUUCUCCAGAUCAACCUUAUUCCCCGCCCAUCACCGUUCUCUUAGCCGUCUUUCUCCUAAUCUUCUUCUUUGUCGGAUUCUUCUCCAUCUAUUUCUGCAAGUGUUUUCUCGAGAACGCCGUUACCGCCUGGAAUAUCCGUCGCAGCUUAUCGGGAAGUCUAGUGCGCACCGCAAGUUCUCCCAUUAAUCCUGGUCUUGACCCCAAAGCAAUCCAAGCCUUCCCCUCUUUUCCGUACUCUUCCGUCAAAGAAUACCGCCGGGAGAAGUACGGCCUCGAAUGCGCUAUCUGUCUCUGCGAGUUCACAGACGACGAUAUGCUUCGACUUUUAACGACAUGCUACCAUGUAUUCCACCAAGAAUGUAUAGAUCUCUGGCUGGAAUCUCAUCGGACAUGCCCUGUUUGUCGCGGUGACCUAGAUUUACCUGUAGAUGAAAUUGGGAAAUCCCCUGUUUUCGUUCAUAGCAGUAGUAAUGGAAGCCAUCAGGAACAGAUCAGAGACGCCGUAGUGGAAGACGCAGUGUGUAUUACGAUCAGAGAUGAUGAAGAGAGGAGAGAAGAAGAAGAAAGGAAGUAUGAAGAGAGAUUUUCAAGAUCGCAUUCAACUGGACACUCGAUAGUUAGGAGUAGGGAGGAAGAAGAAGAGAAGUAUAGAUUGAGAUUGCCGGAGCACGUUCGGAUAAAAAUCACGAGAGGACAUAAUUCAACGGAAAGUUGUAUUACAUUUGGUGAAAAUUGUUCAGCUCCGAAGACCGCCGGUGGUUUUGCAGAGCUUUCAGGCGUUCAAAAUUCCGGCGACAAACUCUAACUCUCGUAACAUCUUUCGCCAGUUUAUUUUCUCUGUAUUCAGAUUAAACCAUAAAAAAUUUAACCUAGUAAUUAACUAAUUAACCAUAAAAUUAAUUAUAGAAGUUACUUUUCACCACUAACU